AUGGCUGAUCAGUGUGAUCUGUGUCUGCUGGGACUGAUCAUUCUCUCUUCACUUCAUACAGAUAUCAGUGGAGUGGAUGAUGCUCAUGUGUUCAUCAGUUCUGGUGAAAAUGUCAGUCUCCCCUGUAAUAACUCUUUUUCUGACUGCAACUCAACUGCAUGGAUCUACUUUAACAGAUUCAGACAUUCACCAGCAGUUGAACUGAUUACUGGAGGGAUAAAGAAGAAAGACACAGAGAGACAUGAGAGACUGAGUCUGGGGUCUGACUGCUCUCUGAACAUCAAGAACGUCACAGAAGAAGAUUAUGGAUCUUACAGAUGCAAACAAUAUGUGAAUGGACAACAACAAGAAACUGAUGAACGUGUUUUUCUGCAUGUUCUUGAUGUGUUUCCAUCAUCAUCAUCAUCAUCAUCAUCUUCAUCAUCAUCAUCCUCACAGACUGAGAUCAGUCCAGGCCGCUCUGUGACUCUCUCCUGUCGGUUGUAUUCAGUUUUCUGUGAUUAUUGGGUCCGUUCUGAGGGACUUCAGCUGUUGUGGGUGAAUCAGACUGGUGUUGAUCUGAUGACAGACUCCAGAUAUCAGAUAUUAUUCUCCUUAGAUCACUGUAUCAUCACUCUGACUACAACACUCCUGAAUGAAGAUGACAACAGAGAGUGGAGAUGUCAGCUUACUCUCAGAAAUCAAGUCAAGACCUCAGUCAGAUACACUGUCAAGUAUUCAGUCAGCAGCUCAAACUCUGAGAAGAAAUCAAGCCAAACUACAGCAGCAGCUCCUACACAAGGUUCAUGGUCACAUGAUCACUGUCACACAUCAUCAGUCUCUCACUCUCACUUAUAUGUGUCAUGAUGUGUUGAAGUGAACUAACAGAUGUGAUCCACAGAUCCAGCUGACACAGCAUCAGAAACUGAACUCAGUGUGACUGCUGGAUCAUUAUUCAGAGUGAUUGUGAUGAUUGUUGAGAUGGCAGUGUUUGCUGCUCCUACUGUGAUUCUUCUUCAGAUCAUCUGUGCAAGAAGAGCUGGGAGGAAGGACUCGCAGCACCCAGAGGAAAUAGAGAUGCCUACAAUAUUACAAUAAAAUACUGCUGAGUUUGGAGACCAUCUGAAACAAGAUUUAAAACAGCAAAAACUCACAGAGGAUUGUUCAUUGUUUGGUUUUCUUCUUCUCAGAAAACAGAGAAAAAACUCCCUGAAGAAGUUUAGAUUAAAAUAUAUUUUACAAAUAAAAAAGGCCAGAUUUAUGUUCAUUUAUAUGGUUUGAUGGAUAUUUUCCUACAGUGUUGAAUGUCAUUUUCUUGUGGUUCAUAUAUAAACUGCUUUAAAUAUAAUAUUAAAUACAGUAAAGGACAGACUGUUUGUUCUGUGUGAUGAAGAUGAUUUAGUGAUUCUUUUCAUUCCUGUUUGUAGCAUCUUUUUGUCAUUUUUUGAAUGAUUGCUUCUAAUUUGCUUAAUAAAACCUCUACAGUUGUUUAAUAUGUCUCCUUUCCUGAGAUAUUUGUUACAAGUAUGGUGAUUCAUGAGCUUGUAAUGUGAGGAUGAACAAAUGAUUGAUUCAUAAUAAUUCACAUAACUUUAUUCUGGUUAGUUCAGAAAUUCACAUUGAUAAUGACUUUUUUUUUUUACACACUUCACCUUCUGUCACAGCUGGGUUACAAGAGCACAGUUAUUGGUUUAGACUUGUUAACUGAAAAGAUAGAGUUGAAUAUUGUGAUGGAAAUAUUUUAUGUCAACAUGAAAUGUACAGAAAAUGCAGACUAAGGAUGCUCAGGUCAAAGACCAGUCACAUAAUUAGCUUAGAUCAUUACAAACCAAUCACCAGAACAAAUCACAGUGAUGAAGACAUUGAUUUUUACUCAACUGUAAGACUUAAAUGUGCAUGUAUCUUUCUAUUCAUUGAGACUCACUUGGUUGUUGUGACCAGUGAUCUCCCGGCCGUAAAUAAAACUUCAUUUCUACAAAGAGCAACUUGGAAGUCGUGUCAGGUAUAUGCUGCGCAGCUAAA